CAAUGCCCGUGUCUUCUCUCCCUCCCCAACAGGAGCCGUUGCAGAGCUGCCCCAUGGCUGAGCCUGUCCCUCCCUCCGAAGAAGACGCGGUUGAAGCUGAAAGACUGAAAGCUGAAGGAAACGAGCAGAUGAAAGUGGAGAAUUUUAAAAGCGCCGUCUCUUACUACGGAAAAGCCAUUGAACUCAACCCAUCCAACGCUGUGUAUUAUUGCAACCGGGCUGCUGCUUACAGCAAACUCGGAAACUACGCCGGAGCAGUGAGAGACUGCGAAAGAGCCAUCAACAUCGACCCCAAAUACAGCAAAGCCUAUGGCAGGAUGGGCUUGGCCUUGUCCAGCCUCAACAAGCUCUCGGAAGCCGUCUUCUAUUACAGAAAGGCGCUGGAGCUGGACCCAGACAAUGAAACCUACAAGUCCAACUUGAAAGUCACUGAGCAGAAGAUGAAGGAGGCCCCAAGCCCAACGGGCAGCACUGGAGGGUUUGAUUUGGCUGGACUGCUGAACAACCCCGGCUUCAUGAGCAUGGCCUCGAACCUGAUGAACAACCCGCAAGUGCAGCAGCUGAUGUCAGGAAUGAUCUCAGGCAGCCAGGACCCCAUGGCAGCACCGGGAGCCAGCACCUCCCCACGUGAUCUUGCCAGCCUCAUCCAAGCAGGCCAACAGUUUGCUCAGCAGAUGCAGCAGCAAAAUCCGGAGCUCAUAGAGCAGCUGCGCAGCCAGAUCCGGAGCCGGACCCCCAGCGCCAGCAACGAAGAGCAGCAGGAAUGAGGCAGCUGGCCAGCUCUGCUCUUCAUCAGGAAGGGAUCCUUUGCCCCAAGGAGGGGCACGCUGAAGAGCCGGGCUGUUGCUGCCAUUCCUCAGUUGGAAAAGCCCACGAGGAAUGGGAUGGGGUGGGAGUCCAAGCCUGAUCCAACCUGCACGUUAGAGACUCUUUCUCGUCGCCUCCCCUCCCUGCUUCCUCCCCACUUUGCUCCUGCGUGGACUUUGCCAGGAGGCCGGUGACCGCAGACCAGCAUCUCCCCCCACCCGGACCCUCGAGGUCGAGCCUUGCGGGCUGUCGGCUGCCAUGCUGCUAGUCGGAAGAACGCUCCCCCAGAGACUGCGCCCUUCUCCAGCCAGGACAGUCCCCGUGGACCCUGGUUCGACUGACUCUUCCAAGCCAGCGUUUUCUUCUUUUAAUUGCUCCUGGCACACGGAAGCUAGGUUGCCCCUCUGUUCAGCCGCCACCUCCUCUGCAGGGAGGCCUCUCUCUCGGUGGGGGGAUCCCGCUGGCUGGCUGGCUGGGAAGGGCAGUUGGUGGGACUGGAAUUGGUUUCUGGGGACCGUGGGAGGAGGGUGUCUCUUGUUCUUUUCAGUAGGACUUUUAUGUUUAAGAAAGAUCAUGGCUAGUGUGGUGUGAAUUUUCUAUGGGCAGGUCAGGUGGAGUGCGGGCUUCUUUUGAAAAUCCUUUUCUUUGGGUUCAGGCUUGGGGGAGGUUGCCUGGCUGGACUGGCUAGCAGAGGGCAUUUCCUGCCCAGCACAAAGGGGGACAGUGGCACUCAGCUGCUUGUCCAGGAACGAGCCAGCUGCCCUUUGGGUCCUGAGCAGCCCCUGCCUGUAGCGUUUGCCUCAUGACCAGGGGCUCCCCCUCCCAUACCUGCUGCCAAGAGCACGGCUCUUGCCCUGGCAGUUGGAGCUUGCGGGGAGCCCUUUUCAGCCAAGAGCCACCUGCGUGUGUUUGUGGCUGCCCUAAUUUGAACCUGCUGAAUCUCCCAGCUCCUCAUCCAGCCAGCAGGAAGGGCCAGGUGGCAGCCCAAGGACCUUGGGGAAGGGGGGGUCACCUGCUCUCCGCCCCAUCUGCCAGAAGCUCUCCUGGAGGCCUGCCUGUCCGCCCAGCAUCAGCCAAGGUGCCCCUUGACCGGCUGGCCAAAAGCAGCAGUACCCUUGUAGUUCUAGGAGAGAAGAACAACUGGCCCGGAGCCUUCUCACAUCCACCUGCCCUCCUGGAUAGCCUGGGUGUGCCUGCCCCACAGUCUGCUAUGGGGCAAACCUUGUCAUCUGCCUGUGUCAGGUUCCUCACCCCCCACCUCCUUGCCAGAGGCUGCCGGGCAGAGGCUACAAAGCGGUUUCAGUGCUCCUGGUCUGGAAUGGGUAAGCGCCGGGGCAUGUGUGGAUUUCAGGGCAACACGAGACAGCAAGUAGAAAAGCGGGGUGGGGUGCCAACAGCUUUUCCCACCCCUGGCACCUUCCAGCACUGGGCAGUAGAGCCCAAGGCAUCGGCAGAGCACCUGGCAGGGGAAGCUGGUCUGGUGGGAGGGCGGAGCUGCCACUGUA